AUGUCAGGCUUGUCUCAAGCUGGUCGCCAAGUGGCUCGUAUUGCCGCACGUCAAGCCUCCACACAUUCUCAGUACGUUUCCACACUUGUCGACUUGAUUUCGUCUAUAAAUCACAAAGUUUUCAGCGAAUCGCAAGCCGUUUGGAAGGAGAUCAACAGACUCGGCAGCGAAGGAAAAUGGGAUAAUGUGAACAACAUGCCGAAAAUGUUCCUUUUCGGAGAAGCCAAGCAGGAGGCCACCGCUGCUUACCGUGCCAUUGUGAGUUUUUUUUUAAGUAGUACAAUUUUUGUGAGCCAUGAACAAUAAAUUUCAGAACAAGAACCCAGACUUCUUCCGUCAAUCCCCGUACGGACAGUACCUGAAAGUUGUGUGGAGACUUGCACUUCUUUUCGGAAUUAUCAAGGUAAACUUGUAGCAAAAUACGUUUUUUAAUCCAAACGACUGCAGGCUGGAACAGUAGUAUACGAUUUCGCCGUGCCCGAGGAGAAGCGACUGCAAUACAAGUACCGCCAUCACGGCCAUCACGGCCACGACGAUGCCCAUCACUAG